AUGAAAGCCAGUCGCGCAUGCCGUGGCUACGAAUGUAAUGCAUCCAUUCUAUACGAAAUACAGAACACCCAGUCCUAUUCUCAUCUAUCAGCUGCUCGGAAGUGUAGUUUGCCUCUACGGGUCUCAAUUCCAGGAACAAAUCUAUUUCCUGAGGAUGCCAUACCUCUGGAGCGAUCCGAGGAGGAGAGUAAUUGGCUUUCCUUUAGAGCUUUCCUCUAUGACUUCUGUGUUACGUCGACAAAUUCUGAUUUAUCGCGGGGGUAUCUCCAUGAUGUAGAAGCACUUGUAGGUCGCCUAGGGCCGGCAUCUGACCUUGUAAAGGCUUGUCAAGCCGUAUCAUUCAGCUGCCACGGCAAAGUAUUGCGGAGACCGAAUCUGGUGUAUAAGUCGGAACGGCUCUAUCAAGAAGUCCUUGGUUCUUUUGCCAAGACUAUCAAUGAUCCAAUUUUGGCAAAUACUACUGAAUCAAAACUCGUGGCUUUGUUACUUGGCCUUUAUCAGAUAGCAGCAACCACUGAGAGCAGUUAUGGAGAACAUCUUAUUCAUGCUAAUGGUCUAGCAGCGCUCUUAAAGAUUGGGCAAUCUCCCCUUAGCCUUCUCGGCACUAUGGGAUCUCCUCUGAUUCAGGGCGUGGGUAUUAAACAGAAUAUCGGUGUAUUCUCAGCAUCCGCAUUCUCUAAUUACGGUGAGAGCCUUGAAAGUAUCUUACUCCAACUCAGCUCAGUGUGGAAUAAAUCUGAGGCAGUGCUCGAAAUGGAAGAAGUCCACGCUCUAAAGAAUGAAAUUACUGCUUUAGAUGGCCGUUUUAUCAACUGGCAGAAAUCUCGAAUUCAAGAAAUACAACCCACCACCAUUGGCCACGUCGAAGAGCGCCAACAUGUCGAGAAAGUCCAAGUUGGAUUCUGGCCCGGGAAGAUUGACACAUACUUUGACUUCUGCGUUGCAGGGAUGUGGAAUGUGUUCCGGGCUGCUCGACUACUUCUUACCCUACUCGGAGUUAAGCUUUGUGAUGCUACAGGGGAUAUCGAUGGAUAUGCAGAGUACAAGACCAUUGCGAACGAGAUAGCCAAAGACAUUGCGGCAUCAAUCGCAUUUCAUCUUACCGAUAAUCUGCAUGUCUUUGUCAACGAGCUCGAAACAAGUUCGGAAAUACGAGAACAGGGUAGACUCUUGGGAGGAGUGCUUCUAAUGCAUCCGCUGUACGUUGCAACUCAGGUACCGUACCUUCAAGAAGAGCUACGUGAAUACAUGCGAAGUUGUCUCGAAUGGAUAGGCUCAGAAAUGGGUCUAGGUCAAGCUACGCUGCUUGCAAAGGUGAGAGAAAUCGAUGCUCGCUUCGCAUACCCAAUUAUAGUUUCAUGGCUGACUUGCAUUGAGUGUAGAACCCAAAGCUUGACCGAUGCUUUUUGGAAAGUGGUUGUAUGA